UUUUUUGAGUUUAGUAAAUGACUGCAGCAAGAAAUACAGUGUUGGUCUGACGUGAGAGCGCUGGGUUAUGGGAGGCAAUGGAAGAAGAGGCUAGUCACAUCCCGAUUUCACUCAUUUUGACAUUGUUGCGAGGAAUUUAAAUGCAAGAAGACGAAAACGAGUUGUGAGUCCCGAACUUGACCGGACAAUGGAAGUAGCUCUCUGCAGCAGUUCCAACUCACCCCUGGGAGUCAACUACCGAGACACAGAGAGUACCUGCAGAAAAACAUCAGUCAGCACCUCAGGGGUAACUACAACUACGUGUGGCUUGAAAGCAACACCUCUGUUUUUGGGAUGCAUAUAAGAGAAAGCGUAAAGAAAAAAAACACUGACUACGUAUGUAUAUAUUUCGUGUAACAACUGUGGAAUUCCGCCACUGUUCUAUGCGUAAGGGAUAUACAACCACGUAGUUAAACCUCUCCUGAGAUUGAGACAUUCAUUGAGACGCAGAGCACAUACAUUCUCACAUUUAUCACUGAAGGAGGCAAUGUUCAAAUUCACAAAUUUCCCUUGUAACACAACCCUAAUUGCUGUUUAGGAUCGCAAAGAAUAAACGUCGGAAAUAUCUGUGGUAUCGUAGCUUAACGUGCUGUACCCUCAAAGCAACAAUAACCUAGGCUGAGUGAAAUCCCACAAACCGGGUCUGCUGCUGUCCGUGGUCCUGAAAAAAAUACUCAUUAUUUAGGUUAUCCGAAUCAGUAACGGCGGUCUAAGGAAGACGGUUUCAUGGCCUGGGCGGUUAUGAAAAUCUUGUGGUUUUCUUGUGACUCUGGAAUCUGAAAAAAAAAGCAACAGAAGAAUUGCCUACCUUGGAGGUCCGAAAUCAUUCAAGGAAUUGGAAUUCUACUCCUAUUGGUGCUCCUGGAGCUGUAGGUAGCCCGAAUGAGACCGGCAAAAAUGUAUCGAAUAAACGCUCUCGGGAUCUAUUUGUGGGAAACAAUAGUAUUUUUCAGCUUGGCAGCCUCUAAAGAAGCCGCGGCUCGAAAAGCCGCCUCCCCAAUGCCUCCCUCUGAGUUCCUGGACAAACUCAUGGGCAAAGUUUCGGGUUACGAUGCAAGAAUCAGACCUAAUUUCAAAGUUGCAGGGGUCCCCUCGAGUGGAAGAGACCCACAAGGCCCCAAAACAGAAGCUUCUCACAAGAAAGGUCCCCCUGUAAACGUAACGUGCAACAUUUUUAUUAACAGCUUUGGGUCCAUCGCUGAAACAACAAUGGACUACAGAGUGAAUAUCUUCCUGAGGCAGCAAUGGAACGACCCCAGGCUGGCCUAUAGUGAAUACCCCGACGACUCUCUCGACCUGGACCCGUCUAUGUUGGACUCUAUCUGGAAACCUGAUUUGUUCUUCGCCAACGAAAAAGGCGCAAAUUUCCAUGAGGUUACGACUGACAACAAACUACUAAGGAUUUCAAAAAAUGGGAACGUAUUGUAUAGUAUUCGAAUAACACUGGUCCUGGCCUGUCCCAUGGACUUGAAGAACUUCCCAAUGGACGUACAGACCUGUAUCAUGCAGCUGGAGAGUUUCGGCUAUACGAUGAAUGAUCUCAUAUUUGAGUGGGAUGAGAAGGGAGCCGUGCAGGUCGCAGACGGGCUGACGUUACCUCAGUUUAUACUGAAAGAGGAGAAAGACCUGCGAUACUGUACCAAGCACUACAACACAGGAAAGUUCACUUGUAUCGAGGCUCGUUUCCAUCUGGAGAGGCAGAUGGGCUAUUACCUGAUUCAGAUGUACAUCCCCAGCCUUCUGAUUGUCAUUUUGUCCUGGGUGUCCUUCUGGAUCAACAUGGACGCUGCACCUGCCAGAGUGGGACUGGGCAUUACCACCGUGCUCACUAUGACCACCCAGAGCUCCGGCUCCCGAGCCUCCCUCCCCAAGGUGUCGUAUGUGAAAGCCAUUGACAUCUGGAUGGCCGUGUGCCUCCUGUUUGUCUUCUCGGCCCUGCUUGAGUACGCUGCUGUGAACUUCAUCGCUCGGCAACACAAGGAACUGCUGCGCUUCAGGAGAAGGAGGCGACACAUGAAGGAGGAUGAGGGCGGUGAGGGCCGGUUCAGCUUCACCGCCUAUGGCAUGGGCCCUGCCUGCCUGCAGGCCAAAGACGGCAUGGCCAUCAAAGGGAACAACAACAACGCCCCGACCGCCACUGCCGGCCCUCAGGAGAAAACGGUGGAAGAGAUGCGCAAGCUCUUCAUCGGCCGCGCGAAGAGGAUCGACACGGUCUCUCGCGUGGCUUUCCCGCUAGUCUUCCUCAUUUUUAAUAUUUUCUACUGGCUCGUAUACAAGAUCAUCCGAAGCACGGAUGUACACCAGAUGACGUAAGCAAGGGAAGAGAGAGAGUUCAAUACCACACCAUCCUGCUCCCAAACCCCAAUACUCCUCGCUCUUCACUUGCUCACUUGCUUUUGGUGGCUAUCGCCUUGGCAAAGGUUAUUUAUCAAUAUUUGUUAUUUUCUUUUCUUUCCCUCUUUUCUCCCUAAUAAUCCGGACCAGUGCAAUAGCAAUGCAGUAAAAUGCAUGAUAUAUGAAUGUGGCAAAAUAUUUACAAAACGAUAAAUCAGUAAAUAUUACGACUUUUACCGAUACAUUCAAGAGCUUUGGAAUUUAUGAUAACUGAGAAUAAAAAAUAAAAAAAGAAAGAGCGAGAGAUUCUCUUCUAAGAAGUGUUCGUUUUAUUUCGCAACUCGAAGAAGACAAAUACUGCAUUAUAAAGAAGGAGAAUUUGGUGAAACAUACAGCACUGUAAUAUAGUAUAUAUCUAUCAUACAUUUAAAAACGAUUAUUUCUCUAAUAUAGUAUAUAUCUAUCAUACAUUUAAAAAAAUGGUUAUUUCUUCGAAAGGCAGGCGUCUGGAUGGAACACGAGGGAUGGAUUUUUAAAAGGAUUCUAAGAUGAUUCUAAGAUGAUUCUAAGAUGAUUCUAAGAGGAUUCUAAGAUGAUUCUAAGAUGAUUCUAAGAUGAUUCUAAGAUGAUUCUAAGAUGAUUCUAAGAUGAUUUAGUGAUUCCAUGAAUGAAGUGAUGCAAUAUGCAAUAUGUCCUAUAUAUCUCAAUUAGCUUCAAUGUGUGUUGCAAGCACUUGUCAACGCUCCCUGAGCCCUCAACAGAAACUGAGAUGUGGUUGAUGCUGCUAUCAACUAUAUGAAGGAAACUUGAUGAGUCAAAAUAAUAUUCUAUUGUUUCUAACCGCUGUGGUCAACGUGUUCCUCUGUCUGCCUUUAACUUUAUUUCAUAAUUGCAAAUCGUUUUUUAAUUAACGCGCUCAGUAUACAUCACGUUGCUGUAAUCAGCUCAAGCUCUUCUUGGGAACUCUAAAGUCUAAUUCUAAAGGGACAUUUGCCAUCAUUCACAUAUCGUCAUUGUUGCAUUUCUUGAUUUCUGUAUUCAUGUGCUAUUUUAAGGAUUUGGUACUUCAAUCAAAAUAUGAUUAAUUAAGAGUAUAUCUAGAGUGGAAAAGCGUUACAAAAAUCCUGAUUCUUCCUACUCAUUUCAUUGAAGCUAUACUGUUAACAUUUGUUUAGUUCUUUUCGUAGCUCAUUGUUUAUUGCCCAGGUACAGUAAGAUACCCGGCAGGUCGAUGGAGGAAAAAUGCAGUGAGUUAAGAUUUAACAAGAAAACACCUACUGUACCUUAACAAUUAUUACCAUUGAUACAUAUUAAUACAUACAUUAAUAAUGUAGCUUAAAAAAUAAAAAAGUGAUAUUAUAAUCAUUUACAAAAUAUGCCUAAAGAUAUUCACUCAAAAUCAUGGGAAAAAGUUUGCUACUUUAACAGCAAUGAUUAACACAUUCUUCUCAUUGGUGUACCAUACAGUACAUUUAACAGUUCACACAACUACAGGAUUCUGUGUAGCUGAUUCAUUUAUUCAAGAGGCUUGAUUUAAGAUACUGAAAUCCAUGACUUCUCACCAAGCUUUUCUAUGCAAUAAUUAAUAUAUGCAAUUAUUUUUUUUAUUAGCUUUACCAUUUACAAAACAUUAUCAUAAAUCGGUUUGAACUUGUGUGACAUCAAGGCUUUUAAUCUCAGAUAUUACAAAUCACAGUGCUCAUAUUUCCAAUGGUGGACAUAUACAUACACACAUACAUACAUACAUACAUACAAACAUACAUACAUACAUACAUACACACACAAGGCCUUCAUAUCUACAUCCCCAAGCAUAAUGUAAACUAUUCACCCUCCUCCUAGGCCCAUGAUUCUAAACACAUUCACAUUCAACUACAAGCAGGCCAAGCUACAGUGGCUUUUCAUAUUGCAUAUUUAAGACUCUCUGCUCUCUGUAGCCCCACCUCUGGGACAUUGUUUAUCUAACCUAAAGUGCUGUCACCAAGCCCCAGAAAUAAAGACUACACUACUGCUACCGCAGGAAGUAUGGCCUGCGACACAUUGUCAUGGAUGGGAGACUCGGACACAGUGGAAAUAAACACUUGUCGAGUUAGUUUUUUUUACAUUUAACUUCAUUGCCAAAUGUUAUUUUCCUCUACUUGGUUUUUAUUCCAAACCAGAUAAGUGUUUUGUUAACCUAUGAUCAUUGCCUUCCUGGUUCGGUUUUGAAUAUGACGUCAUAAGGGGAAAGAUGCCAGAACGAACACCUUUGCACACAAUAUUAUACACUGGUUCAGGAUAUUGUUUAGGUUUUGUUGUCGUAACUUAGAUUGAUUCAGUUCUUUCCAUUGACUUUCCAGUGUGUGGAUAAAGUGCUUCCAUUUCUUUUUGUGGUAAUAUGAUGCUAUUCAAUUAACAAUAUUAUAUAUAUUUUGAUAUGAAACUUUCUCUGCUUCUUCAUCCCUGUUUUCUUCUUCUUCGUGAAAAGUGUAAUCCAUUACUUUUUUUAACAUGUCAUAGAUUUUCGAAUGUGUUAAUGAUAGUUUGAGGUGGUUUGAUGUUUAAGGCUUGAUGGACUUGCACAAGAGAUUAGAACCAUAUUUAAAAUUUCGGGGGGUCAACUAUUUCUUAAAAUUUAUAUUAUCUUCCGCUAAUUCAUACCUUCGAGUUGAGGCAGUAUUUGUCAAAAACGUAUUGAUGUGUGUUUUCACGGACACGGUCGAUGGGGUAAAAUUGAUUUGAAGGGCUAUCUUUUUUUCUAUUAGUUUUAUUUUAUCCCAGCAAAUUAACUUUCAACAUGUAUAACAUUAUGCUUUACCCAAAACUAUGCAUUUAAAAAAGUUAAUUGCUUAAAGGGGGUUAAAACGUAUUGGUAAAAUAUCAGCACAGUAAUCAUACGUUUUGAAAGUGACAAAAGAUUUGAUAGUUAUUCGUUUGGCCACAAUAUUUCAGCACAGAUUUUGACCAUGAAUCUUUCCUCAGUUUUUGACUUCCUCAGACAAAACUAUCCAUUAAAUAAAAUGCUACCCAGUGUUGAAUAUGCAACGAACUAGCAACUAAUCAUAUCAUGUACCUCCACUCAACCACCAUGAUAUUCACUCAUACAUUCAAUAGUUAUGGAUUGAACUCUAUGCCCCGACCAUGAGAAGGAUCACUGCACUUGGGACAAUGCUAUAUGGAUUUACUGUAACCAAUUGCUUAUUAAGGUGCAUUAUUACUAGCGCCCUGUCCAGGGCGUAUACUUGUACAUCAAGCUGCCUCAUGCUACAGAAACAGGAGAUAGGCUCCAGGGUUGGGGUCAAUUCCAAUUUAAAUUGAAUUUUAAUUCAAUUGAGGAUUGUCCUGGAAUUUGAAUUGAAUACAUGGGACAUGAAUAGGAAGAAGGAAUUGAAUUGGAAUUGAAUUUCUGGAAUUUACCCUGACCCUGAUAGGCUCCUGCCCUACGGGACAAGGGGCAGGGGCUCGGACAAGGCUUACUUUGUUUAUUAUGUUAUUCAAGAUGGAAAUGACACUUACUGCUCUGAAUAGACAACGUCAACAAGGUCUGACGUAUUCUAGAACACUGACACAUUCUACAACAAGAAUUGUAUGUUUAACUUGACUACUCAGCAAUUCAAUGUUCAAAGUAUGGAAGUGGUUAGAAUGUUCACUGAUGGGGGAAACCCUCCAUUGAACAGAUAGGAUUCCUACCCUUCAUAUCAACCUGACCUAUCAUAAUGUCAAAUAUUAUUGACAAUGAAGGAAGUUCAUAUAAUAUUUGGCAUAUAGGACAGAGCAAUAUGAACAUUUUAAAAGUAUGAAAUUCAACUAGCAUGUUAUGAUUUGUUAGUAAUUGCAACAGUUGUUUGAUUCUGUUUAUUGUAUUUUUAUAUAUCAGAUGCCCUGGUUGUGGUGAUGCACUCACCACCCAGUGAUAGAGAUGGACACAAAUAACCAGUCAUGAACUGAACUGUACACAAAAAUUGAAACUUUUUUUAUUUAGGUAUUUUUAUUCUUUUUUAGCACAAGUUGGAAUGGCCUUAAUUUUGUUUUACUUGCUUAAAUAUUGUGUAUUGGCACAAAGUGCACAUCUUGAUUUGCUAAUUACAGUUAUGAUAAUAAUCCAAGAGUGCACUUCAGAAGAAGGAAAAAAGUUCAGCAAAUCCUUUUUAUUUUUCAUUAAAAUGUGAAAACACUGAAUAUUUUGCAUGAAUAUAAUUACAAUGGCAGAUAUUUUUGGCUUGUACAAAAAUGUGAGCAAUUUGAAGAAAAAAGGAAUGUACAAUUUCUGCUGUAAAUGUAUAUAACUAAAUAUUUAUUGAAAUAUGUCAUUAUAAGUAAUUCUAAUUACAAUUAAAGGUUUUCUGAACAAAAA